AUGUUGUUCAGGCAGACAGUCCUGGAGCCGGAGCGAUCGCGAGAGGCGGUCUGCGGCCAGUUCGUGCCGCGAGCGCUUGACUCAGACGUGCGGAGAAUAGAGAGGCAAAGCAACGCAAGAGGCGCACCCAGCGCAGAGGCGAGUGAGUCGACCUGUGCAGCUCCGCAGGACGGCGAAGAAGAGGUCUCAAGCGAGGCGACUCCGACCCCCGUUUCGCUGCAGGAUGUGCAGCUCGUAUGGCACCGCGGGCAUCACCUCUGCGUGAGGGAUCUCUCGUCCUUUUUUGGCAGCUCUGCCGCCUUCCGCAGAAACCCGCUAACGCAGAUCUGCGAUGAGCUUUACGCCGAGGCUGACGCCGAGCCGGAGGCGUCGCUGCAGGACUCGAGCGAGGCGGCGGUGCGCCGCGAAUCGCAGCUGCGCAGAUACACCGAGGACCGGGAGGAGGGCUGCCGAGGCGCCCACAGCCAGGCUGAUGACGAGUUGACCGACAAGCGAGCUUGCAUCGACUCCGGAGAACGCUUCUCGCUCGUAUUCGCUUUGUCAGCUGCAUGCGAGCCUUCCGGUGAGGCGGGGACUCACGACCUCCCCUGCGCGUCGCCCGCCGAGCCCUGCGAGCGCGACCCCGUGUCAUUGAUCCAACCGACUUUCGGCGAGGUCCGCACGAUUCGCCGGCUGCGAAUUGCCGCGGCUCGCCACUGCGGUGUGGCCCCCUCUGCCGACCGGCUGCUUCUUCUGUCGCGCUUCAACCAUCUCCACGUGCUGCGUGUCUCCGCGGAAACCGGGCGCUUCGUCGUCGAGCGGAGGCUGCGUCUGCCUGCGCUGGCCGCCGCGCGCGAGCCAGCGCCUGCCUGUACAGCGUGCCGCCUGGGCGGCCGAGCGGCCUUUCUGCUGCCUCAGAGCUCGGCGGACGCGGAGAAGGUGAAGGAGGAAGGCUGCCGCGAGCCGGCGGCGCAUCCGUCUAGACGCCCUGCGAAGGGGCGCCAGCCCCCCCACGCGCCCGACGCAGGUGCGCAGGCCUCGCAGACCCACGCCGCCCGGCGCCACGAGGGUUCAGGGUCUAGGGUGGAAUUGCCGCUCUCAGCGGCGGACGUCGCUGCGGCGUCGCUGCAGGCGAGGCUCGCGCCGGCGGAGCCCGUUGCAGUCCUGGAGGGCGAGGGCAUCUUUGCGGUUCUGCUCAACCCGAGCGCCAGCCACGUCGUCGUCGGGAAGGUCGUGCAGCAGGCAGCCGAGGCGCACGAGGGUGAGGUAGGCGCGGGAGGGGGGGCUGCAGGCCGGCGAAGGAGCUACGCGGAGAUGAGAGACGCGAAGGACCGACGCGAGAGGGCAAGCGCCGCACGCGAGGCGUCUCGCACUCGCAGCGCGCUGCUGUCAGACGCCUGCAGAGAGCGUGAAGGCAUAUCCUUGGAGUCCGAGCUCGCGCAGACCCCGUUCCUCUCUCUGCGGCUGCCAGGAGUCAUCCGCCACAUGCAGCUGGUCAAACUUGAGGCGCGCCGCCACGCGGAGGCAGCCAGGGGGGGAGAGUGCGACGAGGGAGACUGGAGGGAAGCUUCCCAAUCGAACUCUACGAGAGAUGGCUGCGCUCGUUCAGUCGACCAAACGGCGCGGCGCAUCGGGAAAGGCAGCCUCUCUCCCGAGCGCCCAAGUUCGUCUGAGGCGGGCGCUGCGGCCGCUGUGCUCAUCGUCGUCCUCGAGAGCAGAGAUGAGCUGGCCUUCGUGCGUGAGAGGAGAGGCCUCUCGGUCGGACCGGUGCCCCCCCAGGCGGCAUCGCUGCGCCACUCGCUUCUCUUUUUCCGCCUGCCUUUCGCCGUCUCCGCCGCCGCAGCGGCCUCGCACCUUGCGUCGUCGCCCUGCCGACCGUGCCCGCGCCCUCGCGCCGCACCGUCGGGCUCGCCUCAAACGGCUGACCCGCGCGUCGACUGCGCGCACCAACUGCUGCCGGGCGCCAGCCUCGAAUUCACCUCCUCGGCGUCGUUUCCGCGCCGCCCUGAAGAGAUGCGGCGCCCGCCGGACCUGACCACCUCCGUGGCAGCGACCAGCGCCGCGGGCGGCUGCGGCGUGGUGCUUCUCUCCUCGACGCAGGGGCUCACGGUCAUCCGAAUCUCUCUGCCUGAGGACGCGGAGGAGGCCUCCUCGGGUCUUCAGGCCUCGGCUUCUCGCUCGUCCGACGCUGGUGCAUGCGGCUCGUCGGGGGACGCUGCACGCCUCUGCCGCCAUCGCGGAAUUCGCUGCGAGUGUUGCGCAUGUCGAACGCCAAGCCGCACGGACGCCCUCGGGGCUCGAGCGCCUCGUCACUGCCUUCGUAGGCCACAAACUGACGCCGCAGGCGUCGCGGAUAUUGUUUUUCGCGCCGUGUUCGAGCGUCUCCUUGCUGCAGGCCUGCCCUUAUCUUCACAGGUGAUGGCGCAUGCGCCGUGGCCGGCGUCUGCGCGCGCGUCUUCGGCGCCUUCGUCCGCUGCCGCGCCGGCCGCGCGCCCUGCGUCUCCUUUCCGCAUCCUUCACCGCCUCUGCGACGGCUGGUGCGAUUCGGCGGCCACGUCUGGCGCGUCCUCCAGGUGCGCCGCGUCGCGGAUUUUUUCACCGAUGGAGGCGGGGGGACGCGCGAACGCCGGUGACGGUCUUCCGUGCCCGCGGUGUGGCUGGGGCCUCCGGUGGGGGAUCGGCGAUGCGUCGACUGCGGGGGCCGCGGAGGCGUCUCUCUUGGCGUCUUCAUGCGCGGUCUCGUCUUCGCCGCAGCCUGCCUUGACGGCGUGCUUCUCCCCCCGUCUCAGCUGCGUGCUGCCCUGCCCUGCAAAGCCGCACCCCGCGCCGUCUGGAUGGAGGGCGAAUCGGUUUUUGUUUCUUUGCCUCGACCGUCUCGCCGCAUCUUGCGUCCUUGCGACUGUGGCGUACGUACACCCGACGCGGCCGGAGAAGCUGCCGAGCGACAAGCGCCUCGCCGCCUCUGCGGAAACGCCUCCUGAGGCCGACGCUGCGCUGGCGAGGAAGAAGCAGAAGCUCGAUGCCUCCCAGGCAGGGAAAAUAAUUUCUGAGGCGCAGCGCCCGCUGCUGCCCACAAGUCGUGAAGCUGCUACGUCGCAAGAGGUCGCUGAUGCAUUCGCAGCAGGCCGCGGGCCGCCGCCUCAGGCGCUCCCCGGCGCGCCGCAGGCCUCGCAAGUCCGCUGGGACUCCAAAUUUAUCGCACUGUCGCCCCUGCGGCUCAGGGCCUGCGGCGCGACCGGCGAGUGCAUCCGCUUCAGAUCUCUCACGCCGCUUUUCGCAGUCUGCAGAUCGCGCGCGCGCCCUGCAUCGGCGCCGGCGCGCAGUGUGGCUGGCAAGUCAGACGAGGCUGCCGCGGGUGCGCAGGAGCCGCGCGGCGCGAUGGAGAGGGAAGCCGCCCGGGAGAGGACGCAGCGCGCGCAGAUGCAUGUGGCGUGGCUGCUGCUGGGCCUUACAGAGCGCGCGAGCGACUGGCUUUUACUUCUGACCUGCCGAAAUUACGGGGAGGGGGGACGCGAGCGGUGGAGCCUGGUCCCGCUGCAGUGUCUGUACACCCGAACGCACUUCACAGACGCGGCCUACGUGCCGUCGCUGCCCCUUUCGCCCCGGUCGCGGUUCCCGUUCCGCUCCGAACUCGUUCCUACCUUUUCGUUUCCUGCGUCCUUCGCGUCAUCGCGCGCGGCGCGGUCUUUAGCUUCUGCCUUCGGCGCUCAGGCCUUCUCUCCCCGCGCCGCGGGACUCUGGCGUUUUCUCAAGAACGCGAUCGAGGGCCCCCAGGAGGAAGACGAAGGCGGCACGCUGUACGUUGUCGGCGGCCGCUGGCCUCACUCUGUCCUCUACGGGCUGCGCGUCGGCCAUCGGCUGUCUCUGGAGUUGCCUUCUGCGCGUGAGGGGCUUUGCCGGUCUCUUUCCUCCGCUCCCCUCGGCCUUCCGGCGUCGGCGUCUCCGCGAGGCGUUCCUUCGCGCGCGGCGUUUUCCCAAAUUUUAUCUCCUUCGCCUGGAACCCGCGCGCCAUCUGGAGUUUCGGCUAAGCGCGCCCUCCCAGCCGAAAGGCCUGUAGCCGCGUGGCUCCUUCCGCCGCUCUCUGUGCGGCGCCGCACGGCUAGAGAGAACCCAGCGCGAGUGAUGAUUCUUUCGCGCCGCAGAGGCAGCCGCGCAGACGCAGAGCCGCAAGACGCGACGGCCGAGCGCCUCAGCGCAGAUAUGAAUCCGCACUGGAUUCUCGUGGAGACCUUCGCGUCGCGGACGGAGGCCAGCUUCAUCGACUGCUUCGGCAGGCGUGUAGACGCCAGCGAGGGCACCAGCGGAGAGGAGGGCGGCGACCGGGCGCAGAAAAAGGGAAAAACGGAAGCGGCUGGGGGGGCUGAGCAGGAAGGCACGCGGAGCCACGACGAUGUCGAGGCGGCGGAAGACCCGAAGGGAGAGAGGAAGUCAGCGGAAGCGAAAAAGCCGCACAGCUGCGAUGGAUUGGUGCUGAGACGAGACUUGAAGACUCUCCAUGUCGCCCGCGUCGUGCGCCGACGAUCUGGCGAAGCAGCGCUGCUUCAGGUAACUCGCGACGCGGUGUACGUGCACCGGCAGGGGAGCCAAGCGAGUGAGUGCUUUCCAUUUUCCAUCCUGCGCGCAAACACUGACGCGUAUCGGCGGAGAUGUCUCCCGCAGUCCUUCUCGCGAGACGACGCGUCAGACGGGAAAGCGGCGAAAAGCAAUGCAGAAAACUCUUUCGCGUGCGACGCGGCAAUGUGCAAGGGCGCCGGGCGUGCGGCGGAAGACCAAGCAGAAACAAACUGUGAAAACGAAAUCGGUUUCUGCGACGACGAGCUCGUGAAGGCGGGAGGCACCGGUCGCCGCCUGUGGCUGUUGACAUCCUCCGGAGAUCUGCUCACGUUCGAGCUCCGCGAUUGCCGCGCUGACUCGCCGUUCGUCGCGCUGUUCCCGACGCCCUUUCUGCAAGGCGCCCGCGGUCUUCUCGCAUCACCUCCUCUUUCUCCCGCUUCUCCCCACUUCGACCCCCCCCUCGUCACUGCGGCGUUCGUCGCGCCGCUCUCUGCGUCGACAGUCUCUCUCUUGCGCGCCUUCGCCGCUUCUCCGUGCGCGUCGUCUGCGCUGGACGGCAGACGCGCAACGCUUUCUCGCGCGUAUCUUUGGGUCGCGGCGUUCGCCGACGGGCGCGUAGUGAUGGAGGGCGAGCGGCUGACGGCGCUGAGGCCGCGCCGGAGGGGCUCUCGAGGCGCAGAGCGGAAAGACGCGACUACGGAGACGCUGCGGAUCCUCGCGGAGGAAGGCAGCGAGGCGCGAGAGGCGCGGCGGUUGAGCGACGAGCAAAAUGGGAGAGAAGAAAGCGAAGCACACGCUUGUGAAGAAGACGAGAUGAGCGUCGGGUGGCGCUGUCUCGGCUCGCUCGCGCCCUCCGAGGUCCAUUCUCUCAGCUUGUGCGCUCCGGCAUACCUGGUCGCCGGCACGCAGGACGGGCAGCUUUUCGCGUGGUCGCUCGCAUCCUUCUUCGCUCCUUCUGUCGGUCUCUUUUCUUCGUCUCCGCUGCCUUCGCCUCGCGCCUCUCUCCCCCCCCGUGCCGCUCCCUCCACAGCCUGCGCGCCUCCAAGUUCGUCACAUUCUUCUUCCUCUCCUGCUUCGUUUUUUUUGUUCCCGUGCUCUUCUUCCUCGUCUUCCUCUUCGGUUUCUGCUGCGGCCCUGUGCGUCUCGUUUCCGGGCGGGGGGGCGCCUGGCGGGGAGAGAGAAGGCCGGCAGACGCGCGGCCUCGAGUCUCCGCCGUUUCAUCCGCUUCCGGCGCCCGUCUGGUUCGCGCGGCUCGGCGCACUGCCGCUGCACGUGUCGCCGAUUCAGCACAUGACGUCGCCGCAGCGGAGCCCCUCGAGCGGGCGACAGAGAGAGACGGUGACGGCCGGCGCCGCAGCGAGCCGCGAGGACGGCGCCCAAGCGCGACUAGAACGGAGGGAAACUUCCCUCACGGGCGCAGGUUUUGAGGAGGCAGAGGCGCCGCGCGACACAGACACAGACACAGACGGAGGAGAAGACUCAGGAACGAGCGAGGACGACGACGAGGGAGAUCUCGGGGGCCUCCCGCGCGGGUGCUUGGUGCGACACGGCGGCGCGCAGGCGACCGCCGAAAGUACCGGGCGGAGGAGCAGCGCCAACGCGGGCGUGUGGCGUCUACUCCUCUGCGAGGGCGGAAUGAGUGAAGAGGACGACGAGGAAAGAAGGACAGAGAGGAGGACGCGCGCAGCGGCCGAAGCCGGGUUCGUGGAGAGCGAUGGGGCGCGCAGGCGCCCGCGCAUCCCGACAGACCUGAAUCCUGCCCUCGACGGCCUGCCCUUCUUGCCGGUCUUUGGCGACGCCGUGGCGACCUCCGGCGCGGCAUCCUCACCGCCGAUGCCUCGCUCGUCGCACUGCCUGCCGCCGCUAAGAUGCCUCCCCUGCUUCGCGCCGGUGCUGGCGGGCGCCUCGCCCUCUCCUUCUGCGGCUGAGGGCCUCGCGGUCGCGCCGCCGCGACCCCAGCCAACCUGUCGCUGCGCAGAGCCAGCCAGCGCGGCGCUUGGCGUGGCUUGGUCGACGGCGGCUGCCAGCAGAGAGAAGCUCAGCGGGCGGAGGCGACGCCGGGUGCGCGCAGCCUCGCGCGAAGACCGCGAGUCGCUGCGGCUGCUCUGCCUCUUCAGGGGAAACGCGGACAGCGGCCUUGCCCCGCGGCGCACGUGGGCGGUCGACGUGCGCGAGGCGCUUCUCGUGACAGAGACAGUGCCGCUGCCGUUCAUCGCGAAUAAACUCGCCGCACACACAGAGCGCCUCACAGAGCCUCUCGUGGCCUUCAUCGGGCGCUUCCCGCCCUCCUCGCCGUCCUCACUUCCUGCGCCUCCUCACCUCUCUCCAUCUGCCCCUUCUUCUUACUCUUCUUCUCCCUCUUCUUCUUCUCCCUCUUCUUCUUCCUCUUCUUCUUCGUCUGGGACUGCGCCUUUGUCUCUCCCUUCGCCGGUCGAGGGUUUGGGCCCCUUCGGCGUUUUUCUCUGCGGCUGCGGCGGCCCAGCGGCCGCGAAGUCGCCGCCCGGCGUUCCUCCGUUGUCGUCUUCGUCGUCAUCGCCUCCUCCGGCUGCGUCUUUCGGCUCGGCACAGAUGCACAAACUCCUCGCGUCGCUUCGCUUGAGCGCCUCGCAGGACAGCGACGCGGCCGCCGAGGCGGUAACGGCGCCAGGCAAGCGCACCGCCUCCUCCGUGUUUAUCCCCAGCAGUCUGCGUCAGUGUGCCUCGCCUUCGCUGCCGCCCUGCGAGCUCGUGCCUCUCUCGCUUUCUUUCUGGGCAGCGCCUCGGGACUCUCCUUGCGGGCAGCCUCGCGCCUUGCCGGCGCGCUCGCCUGUCUCUUCGUCCUCUGCAGAUGCGUCGGCGGCGGCCUCGCCUGCCUCUGCGCAGGAUGCCGCCUGCGUCGCGGCGGUGGGGUUCCGGCCGCGGUAUCGCAUCUCCACCUCGCCGUUCCUCGCUCGGCUCUCGCAGGCGCAGCAGGCGGUGCUGUGGCAGGAGCUGCAUCGCCUCGAUCCCGAGCUCUUUCGAGAGAGAAACUCGCAGCUCGCCGCGCUUCCGCGGCCGCUGCUCCGGUGGGGGUUGCGCGCGCUCUGCUCGCUUGGGCGCAGGCGCGUCGACGCCGCGCCUGGCGAAGCGUGUUUCGCCUCGCUUCUCGCGGCCCUGCUCGCGCCCAGCGUGCGGCGGCGGCGCACGUUUUUGAACCGCCUGCGCAUGCGCCAGGGCGCGGCGCCUGCGGAGUGGCGACGCCUCCUCCGCGUGCGCUUCUUCGUUGCCCUGCUUGACCAUCUGUGGCUGACGUCAGACCGGCUGCUUGCGUCCUUCGAACACCAAGUGGAGCGGACGCGGGCGCAGCUGCGGCAGCUGGAGGCCGAGCAGGCGGAAGGCGCCGCGGCAGACGGCGUGCAGAGGCGCGCGGACGCGCCGGCGGAGGACGCAGCGCUCGCAGCACUGCACCCGCCGCACCCGCCGCAGCAGGCCUGCGCGCCCGCGCCCGCUGCCGGCGUGCGGGCCUUCCCAGAGGCUGAGGAGACCCUCGACGAGCUGCGCCAGCGGCUGGCGUCUCGUAGUGCGCAGCACGUGGAGACGCUGCGCGUGAAGCUCCAGAACCGCGAGGCGCGCCGCAGCGCCUUCGCGACCCACGCGCGCGGCCUUCGGCGCAGGCAGGAGGCCUUCAGACGGCGCGGCGGCUUGCCGCCGUUCGAAGCCGCGACCCCGGUCGAGGCGGAGGCGGAGGCGGAGACGGAGACGGCGAGCGACGACGAAGGCGGCGCGGAGUGUCUCCUGGCGCGACGGCCCGCGCGAGGAGACAGCCUGGAGGUGGCGGAGGCAGCCGCAGAAAAAACGGACGCAGAAGAAGCAGGCGGCGGAGGGAGAGGCGGGAAGGUGGUUUACCUCGCAGUGGGCGGGCAGUGCGUCGGCGCCGCGCGGAGGGGGGAGGCUGCGGCGCGAGAGAAAGGCGAAGUGGCGCGGAGAGCGGACGGAACCUGCGUGUGCUUCGGCGAAGGCCUAGGCGACGAGUCAGACACGAGAGCUCACUCACACAUGCCUGACGCGAUGGAGCGGAUGCGCCUUCUCCUCAGCGGAAAGCGACACCCAGUCGCAUCCCGCGUCUUCCGCUGCACCGCCGACGAACCCCCCAACGUUGCCGGCUUCCUUCUCCUUCUCGCCGUAGAGGCCGGCUGCGACGCGACACGCCCGCCAGAGGCCCGCGAACCCGCCACCGAGACAAACGCAAGCGAAGGAAGUCACGCAACUUGCUCAUGCGAAGACGCGCGACAAGGCGAAAGGCAGAGGGAAGCGACGCCGCGUCCCCCGGGUGUGAAUACGCCCUCGCCCAGCGCGGAAAGGCAAGACGAAGGCGCCGGCGCUGGUGAGUUCGCGUCUGGGGCGGCAGCAGGGGUUGAGGCGUCCCCGCGCGAGCGGCCGACUGUAGAGCGACGCGCGGGCGCCGCAGCCUCUUCGACGUCGAGACGCGAGACUCCCCUCCCAGCCUCGAGGCCUGCGCGGUCGUCUCCGUUCUCUCUCGCCUCCCCGUCGGUGUCUCUGGCACCCGUGUGUCUCUUUCCGAUGGCUUUUCCUGUUGAGGCGGCGGCGCCCAUCGAGGGCGGCCGCUUCCUCGCAGUCGGCGGCAACGCGACCGUCGCCCUGCUGGCGCUGAAGCGUGCGCGGAAGGCGGAGAAAAUCGCCGCGGAAGGCGCGCGGCGACGCGAGGAGAGCGAGAGCGGACUCAGGGCGGUGCGGCUGCGCACUGUGUGCACGUUUUCUCUUGGCGACUUCGCCAACAGCCGCGUCGCCGGCAUCUCAGCGGCGCCGGGAGACAGCGGCCUCUUGACCGUCACGCUGACGGCGAAGAAGGGCGGAGUCGGCGGGCGCGUUUUGCUGCUGCGCUGGUGCGAAGAAGCUAGGCAGCUCGUAUGCGUGGCUGCCGGCGAAGACGAAGAAGGCCGAGACCUCGCCGCAGGCGCGGCGCUGGAGGUCGGAGGCUUGCCGCACAUGCAGCUCGCGCUGGCUAGGGGCGGCAGGCGCCUCGUCGCCUCGCAGCUGAGUGCGAGCUUCAGCUCGUUGACCGCGCACUCGGAGUUCGCGCUUGCCGCGCCCGCGCUCACGAUGGUGGUCACGCAGCCGCCUUUCUUCGCCUUCUCUCAACUGCGUUUCGCGAAGCUGCCCUCCAGGCAAGGCGCUAGCCUCCCUCUCGCGGCCGUUACAGAGAAAGUCGCUGCAGACGCUGAGGCGCCGUCUCUAGCGGCGAGACUCCAGGCCGAGUCGUGGCUGCCUGAGCACGCACGCGGAGAGCGAGUGCCCGCCGGCGGGGAGAGGCUUUUCUGCGGGGCUUGCGGGGCGCCGCUUGCAGCAGAGGGCGAGGCGGGACGAAAGGCAACACAGACAGAGGCGACGAUGCGUGGAAGCGCCUGCGAGAUGCUGAGUCUGGGAGAGCCGCCGCCCUGCGCGCCUGCACCGGUGCUCAUCCCGUGUCUAGAUGGCAGCGUGACCGCGGUCUUCACGGUAUCUGCCUCAGAGUCGCCGCCGCUCGCCUCAGGUUCCCCAGCUUCCGCCUCGUGUCUCGUUUCGUGCUCAUCGUGUGAGCUCUCGGGCUCGCCCUCCUCGUCGGCUGCGAGUCAGCGUGCGGGCGGCGACGGACCCGCCGCCGCAGAGACACGCGUGGGAGACCCGCGCGACGCGGACGUGGAAGCCGCACUGGAGGCUCCGUGGAGGCCAGCGGGCGCCGCGCCGCUGCGUCUCCGCCAUUGGCUUGCGUCUCCCGGCUCGCCCUCGCGAGCGGCCGAGGUCUGCCUGGAUCUCGCGCUGCUUCUCAGGCUGCUUCACUCAGGGCUGCCCUGUCCCUCCUGCAGCGCGACCCCCGCGUCGGGAGCGGCUCUCGCGCCGUUCUCCGCCGACUUCUUUUUCGCCUUUUCGCCGCGGCAGCAGCACCUGCUGCGGAUGCUGUGGAAGCGUUUCGAGUUCCUCCGCCUCCGACCCCUCUGCAUGCAGCCCCAGCGCGUGGUCGCGCGCCUCGCGCGGGCGGCGCAGAGUCUCCAAACACGCCUUGCCGCCGACGCGCAGCGGGCCGCCAGCGCCCUGGAGGCGGCGCUAGCCGCGGCGCGGGGCCUCGAGGCCCGCGGCGAGCCCCCCGCGCCCCUCGACAGCCGCUGGGGCUCUUCCGACCGCGAAGCCGACGCGCGAGAGGCGCGCAGAGAGCGCGGCGAGACCGAGGACGCCGGCGAAGCAGAGGCCGCAGGCGAUCCGAAGGGGGAAGAAGAGGAAUGCCGCGCGGAGGCGAGCGACGGCGACGACCCGCGGCGGGCAGGGCGCAGAGAGAGUCAAGCCUCACUAGAGCGGCAGGAACGCGCCGCGGCGGCCGUGCAGAGGCUUGGGAACGAUCUCAACGACCUGGCGCUGGAGUGGACGAAGGGCGUCUCUGUCUUCUUCCCCGAGUCCUUUUCCGCGGAUGCGUUCUCUGCCUCCCACUCUGAGGCGCCUGAGGGUUCUCAGCUUUUCGCUUUGGCGGCCUGCGGUUCCGCCCCUCCUACCCCGCCGCCCGAGCUUCCGGCUGCCUCGCUUCAAUACUUGCGGCGGGGGACUUGCUGGCUCCUCCGUUGCAGCGCCGCCACAGCUGCUCUGGUGCGCAGAUUACACUCGCAGCGACGGGCGUUUUUCGGCCGCCGGCGCGACCGCAGGCGUGAACCGGGAGACGCGGGCGACUCAGAGGACUUCCGUCCUGCGCCUUCUUCCUCUUCGGUUUCAAGCGCUGCGCCUGCCUUUUACUCGCAGUGGGCAACGCUGGAGCAGCGCUUGCUAGCCUUCCUCCGUCUCCUCGCGGAUCUCUACACAGGGCACCAACGGCUCACGGUCUGCGCCAGGCAGCGCCUCGAGUGGCAGCCACUCGUCGCGCGCGUUGCUGAGCCUCUCCCCUGCGCGCCUCACCCCUCGCCGCCGCCCGCCUCGGGUUCGGCUUCGCUGGCGCCGGCGGGCUGCCUCGCAGCCGCAGACCCCUUCGCUCCGUGCGCGGCGGCGUCUGCCGUGGGACCUGAGCUGGGCCUUUCGCCCCCCUCCUCGAGCCUGGCAUCUGGCGGCUCGCCGCCAGUCGCCUUCCCGCCCCUUAUGUCUUCGUCCGCGCUGCUUACGGAGCUCCAGGGGGCUGCGCGGCGCGCGCUCGCGGCGCUGCGGAAGCAGCUUGAGGCCCUCGAGGAGACGCAAGCGCCUCGCCGUCUAUUAGCAGACGGCGAGGGAGCCCAGGCGGGAAGGAGGGGGGAGGGCGAAGGCGAAUUGGAUGACGCUGAGAGGAGGAUCGUAGAUCAGAGAGAGAGAAGCCAAAGCGUAGCAGUGGCGCGCGGGGAGACCUGCGACGGCGAGACACACAAUGAGGAGAGAAAGAAGGAAGGAGACGGCAGCAGCAGAGCGGAGCCGGAGGAGGAAGACACGCGGGCGGCGGGCGGAGCCCUGGAGGAGAUGCAAGACGCCAACGUGCCGGGGCAACUCGGCAGCGAGCCGCCGCUCGGCGCCGCCCUGGGCGACGCGCGAUUGAAGGCAGAGCGAGUUCGCCAGCAGCUGCUAGAACUGCUAGACGAAGUAGACAGCAGUGGCGCAGGCGCGGCUGCGUGGGAGAAAGAGGAAGGCCGAGACGCCCGCGCCGAAUCCGCCGCAACGAGUCGGCACCCAACCCGAAGCGGGGGGGAGACUGACGCACAGCGAGCCAAGGCGAGAGACGGCCGGGGUGCGGCGUGCGAGGACGCGGAGGUUCCCAGCCGAGAGAGAGAAGGUCGAAGCUUGUGCCGAGCCGACGAAAGCACAGGCCAGAAUGGAGCGGCAGAGAAUUCGCGCCUGCGCAAACUCCAAAGGCAGCUCACGGCGGCGCGGCUGCUCCUGCUGGAACUGGAGGCCACGGGAAGGGGCAUGCAGCCGGCACGGGGAGGCGACGCGACGACGGAGGAAGCUGUAGAAGAUGCCGAUCUUCGAAGAUAUGAGGAAGGAAAAGGCACCCGGGGAAUGGGUGCAGGCGGAACGAAAGGAGACGAUAAGGACGGAGAGAUGCGCGACGGGGAGACGAAGCAGACCCAGGAGGUCAGCAGGCAGGUGCAGGAGGAGUCCGGCUUUUCUGACGCAGAUGUCGAGAUCGCGUCGGUCUGGUCGCUUUCGAGCUUCUCGCCUGACGCACUGUCUGAACAAGAAGACGAAAUGAGAUCCAAGAGGCGAAGCUCUCGUUUUGUCUUAUCGUCUCGGCCGCGGCCUGCGCGUUCCAGCGCCCUCACCGUGGCUCAUGGCCCUGGCGCCGCCUUGUCCACCGACGAGGGCGAGCCGCGCACUGCGGACUCUCUCGAAGACGACACCGCACGGCGCGUGGGCAUUCUUCUCUCCUGCCUGCAGGACGCGGCUCGCAUGGUGAAAGAGCUGGAGGCGCGGUGGCAGUCGCGGGACGUCGCGCCCUCGGCGUCUAGUCGCCCCGCCGCUUGGCUCUGCUGGGAAGACCCCAGCGACGACAGCCUGCCGUCGCUCUUGCGACCCUCUCGUGCUUCGCCGGCUUCGCCUUCCUCGCUUUCCUCCCGGUUCACUGCGGCUGGCAACGGGACUCGCAGCGACGAAGGAGGUGGGAACGCCAUCGGAGCCGAACGGGGCCGCGCAAGGGGCGACAGGCUGGACUGCAGCGGGCCUGUUGGGCGCGGGGAGCCCGAGAGGAACGAGGCGCGCCUCGAGGACGCAAAGAACGCCCUGGCUGCGGCAGCUUUCGCGCGAGGCGGCACGCCACUGUUUUGGUUUUUCUGUUCGUCGUUGGCGUUCUUUGCGAACUCGCCGUCGUCGCUGCCUCGCCUCAAGGCGGAGGUCUUCCUCGCCGGCGGCGCAGAGACGCGGCCGGCGCUCGGCGACGAGAUGGUCGCGCCCAGACCGCGGUGCCCUUUUUGUGCGCGGGGGGAGAGCGAGGCGUCUGAAGAGACCCAGCGGGUGGGGACGGGCGACUUUGCGUCGGCGAUUGAUCGCGCGAGACACUCAGCGCGGCGGCUGGAGCGCGAGGAGGGCAGCUGGCGAGCGCCCUGGCCGCGUCGCGCCCGUGGGGCUCGCGACGCCGCGGAGGCGGCCGCGGCCGCGCGCUCGGCGCCCGCCGGCUUGCGCCCUGGAACGAGGUGCGACUGGCCCUGCGAGGGGGAAGCGAGCGAGACGGAGGAGACUUGGCAGGAGCAGGAGGCCUGGCGCCUCUUCUGGGGCAGCGAAGAGGAGGCUGACGCGGCCGAGGUGGAGCGCCGGCGCGAGCGGCGCCGCGCGCAGGAGCUGCGAAUGCUGCAGGAAGAUCGCGAGCGGCGCAGACGCGCCCUGCGCGAGGACGACUGGCUCGAGGGCGCUGAGGAAGACCCAGGUAAGGAAGGCCCGCGCGGAGGAGACCCGCGCGAAGCCCCGAGCCCUGAGGGCUGCCGGCGCCGCCCAGACGCGCGGAGACGAGCGGCGCGGCGCGGCGGCGGCGACGCUGAGGCGGCGCUGGCGGAGGACGCGGGCGCGGAAGGAAGCGAGGCGGAGGGAUAUGACGCGCGGUUGUGCGUCGACGCCGACAUGCUGAGUGCGCUGUUGCACUUAAGCGAAGAGGCGGAGAGCGAACUCGCCGAGGUGCUGCCUUUCCUCCCCGCAGAGCCCGAGUCAGUCGCCGAGUGCCGGCGCGCGGUCCGAGCUGUCGCCCUCCUGCCGCCCCUCUAA